GAACUUUAUAAAAAAAGUUGGUGCAUGGAAAUGUACCGCACAAGGACGUUAAUAUUUGUCUUCGCUCAACAUGAAUUCAACGUUGCUUGCCGCAUUUUGCUUGUCCACAUUUUUGUUUGCCCCUUUCAUCUCCGGAUCCCUGCUUGAUCAACUUUUGAACAUCGCCAACAAUAAUCCCCAGCCGAUCGAUCCUUCGACGCAGGAAGACCAGGACGUCGUGACCGAGAGAAAACAACCUGCGGAAGUCGCCCUCAUCCUGACUGCGAACGCGCGUUGCCACGGAGCAUUGAUUUCCAACAAAGCCAUUCUCACCGCUGCUUCUUGUUUCCAAGAUGAAAAUGGAAAUUUAAAAACGGACAUAAGUUCUGUAAAAAUCGGUCUGAACACGCAAACCAAGAUGGUCAUCAAUGAAAAAAUUCUGGUCCAGAGCGUGACCAUCAACCCUUCGUAUCGCUACCAGCCAGACUCUGGUCUUCACGAGAACGACUUGGCUGUUGUUACGCUACAAACUCCAGCUCAAAUGGAUGGAAGCACCGUGAGCACUAUCAAAUUGGCUCCUCAGUUCAACGCUCGGCCGGAUGCAAACACAAAGCUGAAAACGGUCUCCGUCAUAGGAUGGGGAGCGAGCCGAGAGACCUUGGACGGUGGCGAUUCGGACAGUUUGGGGUCUUCGACCGCCCUAGUAAUGCCGCACAAGCAGUGCGCCGCCGCGUACGGAAGUGUCGUUUUGCCCAACUCCGUAUUGUGCGCUAAUAUCACGAAGGGAAUUCCCUCGACCUGCGAGGACGAUGAUGUCGGCGCAUCCUUGAGAUUCCAAGACGCAAGAUCCAAGAAUCAACAGGUUCUGAUCGGAAUCGCGACGAAGCCGAUUGCCAACGCGUGCCAGGACUCGCUGCCGAGUUUGUUUACAAACGUCGCCUCUUCGAUCAAGUGGAUCAAGUCUUUGGCAAAUAAACGAGAGAAUUUGUUGGGAUAAUCCAUCAAUUAUUGUAAUGACGCGCUUUCUCUAAAAAUCAUCUGGCAUAAUUUAUUUAAAAAAAGAGAAAAAUUUUAUCUGUAGACCCGGAGCGAGCGUUUUAAAAUAGGAAUUUGGUGAAUAAAAAUGAAAAUCGAACACA